AUGACCAAAAACACUCUCAACAGUCCCACGACACUCAACAACGGAUCGGAGACCUUUGAUCCGGGCGAUACUUCUGGGAAUCUAAUUCACGACACAGAAUUUCCGAUUUUGGAUCGACAUAUCCAUCCAGUAAGUAAGCGCCCAAAAACUCGCAAACGAACUGGAGAUCCCUUAGAUCAACAAAUCCCGCUGAUCCCACCACAGAAAUCGGCAUCGGCAUCAGUUCAAGAGUCGCAGCCACGCAAAUGGACAUUUAAGGACAUGUCAAUAAACACAGGAACCAUGUGGAGAUGGAUCCUGAGGAUAGCGAGAAGGAAACGGAGGAGGAAGAGGAUGUGA